AUGUUGCUGAGGGUCAGCCCCAGCAGGUUCCUGGAGCAUCAUCUUCUCUUGGUGGAGGACCCAGAGCAGCAGCACUCAGCUCAGGAAUCCCUCCCAGAUCCCUUCAUGACUGAAGAACCCCCCAACCCAAGCCCAUCCAACCUCAGCAACGCCACGGACUGCGGCGAGGAGAUCUUGCUCUAUGGGGACACCGAGAAGAUGGUCAUUGGAGCCGUGCUCUCCAUCAUCAUCCUCAUGACCAUCGCUGGCAACGGGCUGGUCAUCAUCUCCGUCUGCAUCGUCAAGAAGCUCCGGCAACCUUCCAACUACCUGGUGGUGUCGCUGGCCGCCGCAGACCUGUCCGUGGCCUUCGCUGUCAUGCCCUUCGUGACCAUCACGGACCUGCUAGGGGGAGAGUGGCUCUUUGGGAAGGUGUUUUGCAACGUCUUCAUCGCCAUGGAUGUCAUGUGCUGCACGGCAUCCAUCAUGACCUUGUGCAUCAUCAGCGUGGACAGGUACCUGGGGAUCACUCGGCCUCUGACAUACCCCGUGAGGCAAAAUGGGAAGCUGAUGGCCAAGAUGGUCUUCAUCGUCUGGCUCCUCUCUGCCUCCAUCACUCUUCCACCUCUCUUUGGCUGGGCCAAGAAUGUGACGGUGGAAAGGGUCUGCCUGAUCAGCCAGGACUUUGGCUACACAGUCUACUCCACGGGGGUUGCCUUCUACAUCCCCAUGGCCGUCAUGCUCGUCAUGUACAGCCAGAUCUACAAAGCAGCCAAGGUCAGCGCCGAGAAGCACCGCUUCAUGAACUUCCCCAAGCACUACGAAGAGGAAGGUGUCUACUGCCUGGAGGCCUCCAGCCGCAGCCACCACAGCUCCAAGCGUAGCAAAGCCGUGGAGGAAUGUGCCACUCUCUCCAAACUGCUCCGACAAGACAGGAAGAACAUUUCCAUCUUCAAAAGGGAGCAGAAAGCAGCCAGGACCCUCGGCAUCAUCGUAGGGGCCUUCACGUUUUGCUGGCUUCCCUUCUUCCUCAUGUCCACAGCUCGGCCUUUCAUCUGCGGCAUCCGCUGCAGCUGCAUGCCCCUGAGGCUGGAGAGGACUCUGCUCUGGCUGGGAUACACCAACUCCCUCAUCAACCCUUUGAUUUAUGCUUUCUUUAACAGAGACUUGAGGACUACUUUCUGGAACCUCCUGAGGUGCAGGUACAGGAACAUCAACAGGAGGCUGUCGGCCGCCAGCAUGCACGAGGCCCUGAAAGCCACAGAGAGGCAUGAAUGCAUCCUGUAG